AUGUUUAGCAAGGAAAUCCUGGCAUUAAAAAAAGUGAAUGAGGACAUGAGUCGAGAACUAGUUAAACUUAAAAGUCAAUCCAUAGUCAAAGAUAUUGAAAAUAGAGCCAACAAUAUUGUCAUUAUGGGCAUCAAAAGUAGUCUGAAUGAAAUUAGAAAUGGACCAAGAGAAGUUGAAAUGAGAGCUGAAAAAGUUCUAAAGUAUGUAGAUCCGACACUAAAAUCUGAAGAUGUUAAAUUAAAAAUUCUAUCUCCAAUUAAAGACAAUACCCCAAUAUUAGCAAUAUUUUGCUCAGUUGAUGUAAAGUAUCAAGUUAUGCAAAAGAGAAAGCCAAUUGGAAAAAUUGUCAGCAACAAAUGUAACAUCACCGGAUCGCACCUUAUAUAUCUAAAUGAUGAUAUGCCUAAGGAAACUAAAGAGUUGUUUAUGUCAGCUAGAACUCUCAAGGAACGUGGGUAUAAAUUUAUCUGGGCUAAGGAAGGAAAAAUAUUUGUGAGGAAGAAAGAGAAUGAUCUAGUUUUAAGAAUCAAUAGCAUGGAAGAUAUUAAGAAAAUAAAGCAAGGCGAUUGA